AUGGCGACCAGGAAGGCGGGCUCGCGGCUGGAGACGGAGAUCGAGCGAUGCCGCUCUGAGUGCCAGUGGGAGCGGAUCCCCGAGCUCGUCAAGCAGCUGUCGGCCAAGCUCAUCGCUAACGAUGACAUGGCUGAACUUCUCCUUGGGGAGUCGAAGCUGGAGCAGCACUUGAAGGAGAAGCCCCUGCGGCAGGGAGCCAGUCCCCGGGGCCCUAGGCCCCAGCUGACCGAAGUGCGCAAACAUCUGACUGCUGCUCUGGACCGAGGGAAUCUCAAGUCAGAAUUCCUACAAGAAUCCAAUCUGAUCAUGGCCAAGUUGAAUUAUGUGGAAGGAGAUUAUAAGGAAGCGCUGAACAUUUAUGCCCGGGUGGGCCUUGAUGACUUACCACUGACAGCCGUCCCUCCCUAUAGGCUGCGGAUGAUUGCAGAAGCCUAUGCUACCAAAGGACUGUGUUUAGAGAAGCUGCCUAUUUCAUCUUCUACCAGUAAUCUCCAUGUGGACCGGGAACAGGACGUCAUCACCUGCUACGAGAAAGCUGGGGACAUCGCACUCUUGUACCUCCAAGAGAUAGAAAGGGUAAUAUUAACUAAUAUUCAGAACAGAAGCCCUAAGCCUGGCCCUGCUCCCCACGAUCAAGAACUAGGUUUUUUCCUAGAAACAGGACUUCAGAGAGCCCAUGUCCUCUAUUUCAAAAACGGGAACUUGACAAGAGGAGUCGGGAGAUUCAGAGAGCUUCUCAGAGCUGUGGAAACGAGAACGACACAGAACCUGCGGAUGACAAUAGCCAGGCAGUUGGCGGAGAUCUUGUUGCGGGGUAUGUGUGAGCAGAGCUACUGGAAUCCCCUGGAGGAUCCUCCAUGCCAGUCCCCUCUGGAUGACCCUCUCCGGAAAGGAGCAAACACCAAAACCUACACACUCCCGCGCAGAGCCCGCAUCUACUCAGGAGAGAACAUUUUUUGUCCUCAAGAAAAUACUGAAGAGGCCCUGUUGUUACUGCUGAUUAGUGAAUCAAUGGCCAACCGAGAUGCUGUGCUGAGCAGGAUUCCUGAGCACAAGAGCGACCGCCUCAUCAGCCUGCAGAGUGCAUCUGUGGUCUAUGAUUUACUGACCAUUGCUCUUGGAAGAAGAGGCCAGUAUGAGAUGCUGUCGGAGUGCUUAGAAAGAGCCAUGAAGUUUGCCUUUGAGGAGUUCCAUCUUUGGUACCAGUUUGCUCUGUCACUAAUGGCUGCUGGAAAGUCUGCCCGGGCCGUGAAGGUGCUGAAGGAGUGCAUCCGUCUGAAGCCUGAUGACGCCACCAUCCCGCUCCUGGCUGCCAAGCUGUGUGUGGGCUCCCUUCACUGGUUGGAAGAGGCUGAGAAGUUUGCCAAAACUGUUGUCGACGUGGGAGAGAAAACAUCAGAAUUCAAGGCCAAAGGCUACCUAGCUUUGGGGCUCACAUACAGUUUGCAGGCCACUGAUGCUUCUUUGCGAGGGAUGCAGGAGGUCCUACAGAGAAAGGCACUUCUUGCAUUUCAGAGGGCCCACAGUCUGUCACCUACAGAUCACCAAGCAGCUUUCUACCUGGCCCUCCAGCUUGCCAUCUCCAGACAGAUACCAGAAGCUCUAGGGUACGUCCGCCAAGCUCUUCAGCUUCAAGGAGACGAUGCCAACUCCCUGCACCUCCUCGCCCUCUUACUGUCAGCACAGAAGCAUUACCAUGAUGCUCUCAACAUCAUCGACAUGGCCCUGAGUGAAUACCCAGAGAAUUUUAUACUACUGUUUUCCAAAGUCAAGUUGGAGUCGCUCUGCCGGGGCCCAGAUGAGGCUCUGCUUACCUGUAAGCACAUGUUACAAAUAUGGAAAUCCUGCUAUAACCUCACCAAUCCCAGUGACUCUGGACGCGGGAGCAGCCUCUUAGAUAGAACCAUCGCUGACAGACGACAGCUUAAUACAAUCACUUUGCCAGACUUCAGCGAUCCUGAGACAGGCAACUCUCCAGAAGCACACUUUCAUGGCUUUCCCUCCCUUUUUUCAGUUAGCUCUGUCCAUGCCACAUCAGUAGCAGCCUCAAGAGUGGAGCAGGCACUGUCAGAAGUGGCCUCAUCUCUGCAGAGUAGCGCCCCCAAACAGGGCCCACUGCACCCCUGGAUGACGCUGGCACAGAUCUGGCUCCAUGCAGCCGAGGUCUACAUUGGCAUUGGAAAGCCUGCUGAAGCUACAGCCUGUACCCAAGAAGCUGCCAACCUCUUCCCAAUGUCCCACAAUGUCCUAUACAUGCGGGGCCAGGUUGCUGAGCUGCGAGGGAACUUCGAUGAGGCUCGGAGGUGGUAUGAAGAAGCCUUAUCUAUCAGCCCUACCCAUGUGAAGAGCAUGCAGCGACUGGCCCUGAUCCUUCACCAGCUGGGCCGAUACAGUCUGGCCGAGAAGAUCCUUCGGGAUGCAGUACAGGUCAACUCCACGGCCCAUGAAGUCUGGAACGGGCUGGGCGAGGUCCUCCAAGCUCAGGGCAAUGAUGCAGCAGCCACCGAAUGCUUCCUGACGGCCUUGGAGCUGGAGGCCAGCAGCCCUGCUGUGCCCUUCACCAUUAUUCCCCGAGUGCUGUGAGCGGGCUACCCACCCCACCUGCCACACUGGCCCAGGAUGGCCCUGCCUGGGCCUUCUGUCACUCAGUGGAUGAAUCUGCUGCACCGAGGCCCUGGAUGGAUGUUUGACCACAGUGAACUGACCAUGCCGCCCAAAUCACCGCUCUUUCCUACAUCUCUCUCCUCCAGCGCCAUGAUAGUUUUCUGAAUCUACUGAUGUCGUUCAAAAUGGAUUAUGUGCCAUAUUCAGUUAAUCGACACCUGAGUUUUAAGCAAAAUGAUUACAGACUUAAUUGGCAAAUGUAGAAGAAUAUAUUCAGAGGUAAAAUUCAGUGGCAGAACAGAUUAUUUUUAUCAGCCUUGUAAAGAAAGCAACUGCCCUGCCCCCACCCCUGCCGCCACCACUCCUGUCCCUCCUUUGGCCCCAAACCAAAUGUGAAUUUUCUGUUUCCCACCUCAGUAUGCGUCCAUGCCAGGACACCAGCUGACAACUUCUCGGUUUUAUCGUCAACAAUUGUACCAUGUGGUGAAUUACUGUUCUCCUCACUUAGAGCAAAGCCUGAGUCUAAGAAUAUUUAUAUUUUACCAAUAUAUGCCUGUUACCAGAGAAGGAAAUAUGAGUUAUUUAAGUUUAACUUUUUUAUGUGAAUUCAGAGUUUAUUUAUCGAUGGAAAUAUGUACAAAGAAGCUUCAAAUGGAAUAUUUACCGACAUUCCUUAUACAUGACAGACACUUGGCUAAACAGGAAGAUGAUGUUAAUUAAAAAAAAAAGAUUUUUAAAUGGA